ACCUGGGUUGUGGUAAACAUCUCAGAUGUUUUUCAGUGAGAGGGUUAUAAUGUACAUCUUUCUACGGUAUAGGAUGACGAUGCUUUUAUCUGGUGCACUUUGAUAACGGCCGUCAAAUGGGAUUUUCGUAGGAAUUAAGGACCCUGAUAUUGCUUAAAAUCGCCAGGUCGGUGAUUCCAAGGGAACCAAGCCAACACCACUGUGUCAUCUGCCCAUGUCUGCCAUUUUCUUUCUGCUUGACUCAACACCAACAUCCUCCACCACCUACCAAGUAGUGAUGGUGAGAUCCUGCAGCAAAUCUUGCCAGCUGAAGGAGUGAGAGUCAACAAAACUAGCGGCCUCGGGCUCAGAAUUACAUGCUGGCAGAGCACAAGUGUUUGCGAGUUCAACAGAGGCAGCAACACUGAUAAGCCAAUGCAGAAACCAUAUGGCCAUAUUUUCUCAAUUUUAUUGGGCCUGACUUGCAGCCUGAACCAAUUUUUUUUUUUUUUACUGGAUGAAAUGUGUAUAUUAUAGUGUCAAAUGCAGUGAUUGGACUUUUAGACCUACACUUGUACAUUCAGCCAGCUCAACAACCACUAAACACAAUGGCUUCUGGUGACCACAAAGAGACAGGGAAUGAACUGUCAGAACACCUUCAAAUGGAUCAUGAGUUAUUGAGUCAAAAUCAGUACCCUGCUGGGAGUAACUUCAAGUCCAAAAGUUUGCCCACUCUAAAUGACUCAGGCCAGCAUAGCAAGGCCUUGUUGACCAAGUCUUUGCAGCAACAGGUGUCAAUAACAGAGGAGAAGAGUACUGAAUUCAUCCAACUCCCACAGAGGAUCAACCUGAACCAACCUUUACCUGAAUCGCCAACCAGGACUAAUGUUAACUAUUCCCCUUCCAGGUCUAGUGUGGUGGGGAUGAGUCUUUCAUUUAACACAGAGACGCAGGUCAGCAAACCCAGGCAUAAAAAUGCCUCAAGACUACCCCUGAUGCGUUUACCCACUAGGAAAUACAUGAGUGUGAUUCUCGAAGACUCUCGCUGUUUUUUAUGCUGCAUGUGCUACCUGACAUUUAUUCAGUCACUGAUGGUGUCUGGCUACCUUAGCAGUGUCAUCACCACCAUAGAGAAGAGGUACAGCCUCCGGAGCUCUGAGUCUGGUCUGCUCGUCAGCUGCUUUGACAUAGGCAGUCUGCUGGUGGUGGUCUUCAUCAGUUACUUCGGAGGCCGAGGGCAAAGGCCCAGAUGGUUGGCCGUUGGUGCAGUGUUUAUAGCCGUCGGAGCAGCACUCUUCUCCUUGCCUCACUUCAUCUCCCCUCCGUACCAAAUCCUGGAGGUGAACUCAUCACGGGGCAAUGAAGGCCUGUGUAUGAACCACAACGGCAGUGGCAAGGACUUCCUGGAUUUGUCCUCCUGUCCCAGAGACCAAGAGGGUAAUGAACACAACCUGUACGUGGCCCUAUUCAUCAUAGCACAGAUCCUGGUGGGUAUGGGGUCGACACCCAUCUACACCCUGGGACCCACCUACCUGGACGACAACGUCAAGAAAGAGAAUGCCUCACUUUAUCUUGCUGUCAUGUAUGUGAUGGGAGCCCUGGGUCCAGCUGCUGGAUACCUGCUAGGAGGAGUCCUCAUCGGCUUCUACGUAGACCCCAAGACUGUGGUCAACAUAGAUCAGAGUGACCCUCGCUUUAUUGGCAACUGGUGGAGCGGAUUCCUGCUCUGUUCUGUCGCUAUGCUGCUGGUCAUCUUCCCCAUGUUCACCUUCCCCAAAAAGUUGCCUCCCAGAAACAAAAAGAAGAAGAAGAGGAAAAAGAUCAGCCUGGACAACGUGUCCAGUGAUGAUGAGAUCACCAAGGAGAAGACCAACAGCAAGAGCCAGACGGUUACAUCGUCCAUGGGCUUUGGGAAAGACAUCAAAGAGCUGCCUAAGGCUGCAGUGAGGAUCCUGAGUAAUGUCACCUUCCUGUUUGUGAGCCUGUCCUACACUGCAGAGAGCGCCAUCGUCACCGCCUUCAUCACCUUCAUACCAAAGUUCAUAGAGUCGCAAUUCGGCAUCCCAGCGUCCAGCGCUAGUAUCUACACAGGUGUGAUCAUCGUGCCCAGUGCUGGGGUGGGGAUAGUCCUGGGCGGCUACAUCAUUAAGAAGCUGAAGUUGGGAGCCAGAGAGUCGGCCAAGCUGGCCAUGAUCUGUAGUGGGGUCUCUCUGCUCUGCUUCUCUACUCUGUUCAUAGUGGGAUGUGAGAGCAUCAACCUGGGAGGCAUCAACAUUCCAUACACCACCGGUCCUACUCUGACCAUGACCCAUCGUAACCUGACUGGAGGGUGUAACGUGAACUGUGGCUGUAAGAUCCAUGAGUAUGCGCCGGUCUGUGGUUCUGAUGGCAUCACGUACUUUAACCCCUGCCUGGCAGGCUGUAGCAGUGUGGGCAACGACAGCAAAGGAAUCCGGAACUACGCAGACUGUGCGUGUGUCCAGAGCAGACAGGUCAUCACCCCCUCCUCCAACGGCCAGGGCAACCAGCUGCAGCUGGUCAUCGUCAAGACCUACCUGAAUGAGAACGGCUACGCAGUGUCUGGGAAAUGUGACCGCACCUGCAGCACACUCAUCCCCUUCCUCAUCUUCCUCUUCAUCGUCACACUCAUCACCGCCUGCGCUCAGCCCUCCGCCAUUAUCGUCACUCUCAGGUCAGUAGAAGAGCAGGAGAGACCCUUUGCACUUGGGGUGCAGUUUGUUCUCCUCAGGACCCUUGCCUAUAUCCCUACUCCCAUCUACUUUGGGGCGGUGAUCGACACCACCUGUAUGCUGUGGCAGCAGGACUGUGGUGUCCACGGCUCCUGCUGGGAGUACGACGUCACUUCCUUCCGCUUCGUCUACUUCGGCCUGGCUGCCAGCCUCAAGUUCAUUGGCUUCAUCUUCAUCUUCCUCACUUGGUACUCCAUCAAGUACAAGGAAGAGCGUCUGGAGCGCUGGCUGAAACACCUCUCGCCCAUGGACACGGUCAGCGACCUCAUCUGCCACGCCGGGGGUCACAAGGGGCACGCCCGUACCCGCUCCUGUCCCGUAAAUAUACCACGCAACGAACAUCCCAUCAUCCCCAUCCUCAACAGGGGACUCAGCAGCCAGAGCUGCCCGGGAAACAGCCUGAAGAGCCUGAAAGCAAUAACCCCGCCGGCCCCUCGCCCUCCCACUCGCUCUCUGGAACAGGUGUCUGCCCGUAUUUGAGUGCUGGGUGUUGUUUCCAACAAUCUCCAGCCCUCCCUGCUAGCCACAGUCUGCACUGUGUACCUUUCUCAUUCUGGUUCUCACUUGUAUAGUAUUAUAAUGUGUAAACACACACACAGGCACUGGAUGUCACUCAAACAGUCAGCGGUUGGUCAAACACGUAUACAGGAAGACACUGGGAUGGGUACCUCGACUUAGCUAAUCUCCUCUUCCUUCUGCCUAGUAUGUUAGUUUGCUUUUUUGUUUUCAUCAUGGAAGUGAAUGUUUAUUUCCCUGCAUAUCAUUUCUUUAGAAAAUUGCAAGUGUGAUCUUAAUGAUGGUAUUAUGGGAUGGUGCUAUGUGAAAAUGGCAUGAAUAAUAUUCUUCAUUGCUCAGUUUUAUUGUUAAUUCUGAGACCUCAGCGGGAUGAGGUAAGAAGCUUGGCCGGCUAGCACAACUAAAUCCUGUACUAUGCAAGGUCUUUUUGCCCUAUUAUACAAUGGCUAGCAGUAUUAAAGGCACACAGUGAGUGUUGCCUUCCCUUCCCAUACAAUGUGCAAACGUCAUUCAGCAUUGCCCCAUACCUGCAUGUAAUGACUGGUUGACUUGGAAAGGAUAUUAUUGAAACAUUUGGAAUUGGUGGUACUUCUCCUGUAUUCUGUGGCAACCUCAUAGACAGGCCCACAUACUUCCCUUGCUGUAGUUGUAGUUCAGAUAGUUGGCUUGCAACCUAAAUGGUUCCCUACUACUCCCUAGUAUAGGUUCCCUAAUAUUCCCUAAUAUAUAGUGCAAUACAUUUGACAAGUUCUCAUAUGCCUUUGGUCAAAAGUAGUGCACUACAUGGGGAAUACGGUUCCAUUUGGCAUGCAUACAAUGUUUUAACCAACCAGACCCCCUGCUGGCUCUGAUGGAGAAGUCCAGACCAUUGUUGCUGGUGCCAAGAGACUGCUGUGCUUCCAAUGAUCAGCUAAACCACACACCACUCUUUCACCUAAGUUAUUGUCAGUAUUUUAGUGGCCUGUCAGACUUCACCUCACUUUUGAGCGAAGCCUAGGAGUCUAUCAGUUUAGUUCAGUCUGUCUGUACCACACCAAGCAUGAGUAAAAGGUAUGGAUUUAUAAAUGUAAUGCAUAUACCAGUAGAGCAACUUCUCCCAUGCACUGUGUAACCGAGCCACAUUAUAAUUUUUAAACAAUACUCUUUAGGGAAUUAGUAUAAAGUUCAACUACUCAGUAUGUCUACCAUACAGCAUGUGCUACUGAAUCACUGUCGGUGAUGUCAAUCAUGGUUUCUGAGGUUAUUUUGUUUUUUGGUGUAACCCUUUUUUACUAACAUUUACAUUUACAUUUAAAUCAUUUAGCAGACGCUCUUAUCCAGAGCGACUUACAAAUUGGUGAAUUCACCUUCUGACAUCCAGUGGAACAGCCACUUUACAAACUCAAACUAAGUCAGACUAAUUGUUUAAACAGUGCUAAGUCGAGUUUAGGGCUGUGAGUUACUAAACUCCCACUGCUCAGUAAUCAAUAAGAUUACAUGGAUGGGGGGGGGGGGACCUGAUUCUAGAUCACCACUUCUACUUUAAGACUUGAUACAGAAGGCCCAUGAGCUGGAGGGCAACAAGAUUGUUGAAACAUUCAGGUAGCUUGUGGGUGUAACAUGCAAUAUUCAAGUAUGUAUUGCUGUUAGUUUUGCAGGGUGUUUGAGGACACCUGCUGGUCAGAUGUAGUAAGCAAUAUUGUAGAAAGACAAAUUAAACUAGUGUUUUCCAAAGUGAAAUAACUAGGCAAUUAUUUGGUGGAAUAAUCAACAUUUUCAGUUCAAUCUAACACUUUAAUGUUUGGAGUUAAAUUGUGUUUUUCUAUGUACUUAUGUUGAGUUUGGGCAGUUGGGACAGCACUUACAUGAUACAAUGUGGCAGUUGGGUUAGAGUUAAUAGCAUUAAAAGCUCUGAUUUGUGUUGCCUUUGGGAUAUUAUACUGAACUAAAAUAUAAACGCAACAAACGAAAAUCAGAUUUAGUCACAUACUUACUUACGAGCCCUUAACUCCAUUUCUUGAACUGUUGGUUAAGAAAAUAUUGACUAAAUAAACUCAAGUAAAAAAUAAAAACAUGCAACAAUUUCAACGAUUUUACUGAGUUACAGUUCAUAUAAGGAAAUUGGUCAACUUAAAUAAAUUAAUUAUGCCCUAAUCUAUAGAUUUAACAUGACUGGGCAGGGGCACAGCUAUGGGUUAGCCUGGGAGGGAAUAGGCCCACCCACUGGGGAGCCAGGCCCAGCCAGUCAGAAUGAGUUUUUUUCCCCAUGAAAGGGCGUUAUUACAGACCCAUACUUCUCGGUUUCAUCAGCUGCCCGGAUGGCUGGUUUCAGACGAGUCCGCAGGUGUAGAAGCCGAAUGUGGACGUCCUGGGCCGGCGUGGUUACACGUGGUUGUGAGGCUGGUCGGAGGUACUGCCAAAUUCUCUAAAAUGACAUUGGAGGCAUCUUAUGGUAGAGAAAUUAACAUCCAAUUCUCUGGCAACAGCUGUGGUGGACAUUCCUGCAGUCAGCAUGUCAAUUGCACGCUCCUUUAACUUGUUAGGCCGGUUGGUCUUUUACUGUCCCCAGCACAGGGUGCACCUGGGUAAUGAUCAUGCUGUUUAAUCAGCUUCUUGAUAUGCCACAUCUGUAAGGUGGAUGGAUUAUUUUGACAAAGGAGAAAUGCUCACUAACAGGGAUGUAAACGAAUAUGUGCACAACAUUUGAGAGAGAAGCUUUUUGUGCAUAUGGAACAUUUCUGUGAUGUUAUUUCAGCCCAUGAAACAUGGGACCGACACAUUACAUGUUGCGUUUUGUAUUUUUGUUCAGUAUAUAAGAUUUUGCCGAUUUUAAUAUGGAAAGUUACCAGAGCUCUUUAUAACUGAAUGAUUAAGUAAUUUUUAAAUGAUUAAACUGACAUUGCAAUGUUAUUCUAGAUGACCAUGUAUCUGCCAAUAGUAGUGACAGACAGGCUAAUUGAUGUAAUAAUAAUUUUCAGUACUCAGUGGAAAAAUACACUAAAGGAUAGAAAUCACAAUUCUUAGUCAACCAUUACGUCUUCUUUCACAUGAAAUGCAGUGUAUGUAGUGCGCAUUUGGGGGCAAAUAUAUUAUAUUUCUAGCUACAUUUUGAAUCAAGGAUGCUAACUUUAGUGUUAUUGAAUCCAAUGUUAGUGAAAGGCUACAUUAUGUUAUGUUUCAGUGCCUACUUUUCCUACUCGUUGAGAUGGAUUAAUCUGUCAGUGUUUAUUUAACCUUUUAUGCCAUUUUUUUAUUUGGAGAUUCUGAAAUGCUCUUGACUUCAAGUAAUGACACUAAAUGAUAUGACUGACUGACUGAAGAAUUUAACUCUAGGGCUUUUUGUUUACUUGCUGCCAUCAAUAGACCUUUUCAACCUGUACCUACAGUACCAGGAUGUUUGCUGCAGAAUUCCAGUAAUCUUGUGAUACUCAUCCUCAAACCUACUGUUCCUCUGGAGCGAGAAGCUCUCUGUUACCUCCUUGUCUAGUGCUGUCAUUGUAUGUGGCAUAAAACGAGGACUUGACCUGGAUGCUACGAUUAGACUAUUUCAGGUAGAUUGUACUUGUAUCUUCUUUGUCAGUAUUGUAUUUAUUUCAAUUCAAAUUAGUGUUUAAUGACAAGUUAAUGCCUCAAUUAUAUGGUCAACAUCAUCAUAGGAUGAAAAUUGUAAAUUGUUUGCGGACACACUGUUUACAAAUGCCUUGGAUACUUGACCUCUGUCAAUAAAAAUGUGAAAAAUAAACCAA